UUAUAAACCUAUUUAUUUAAUACCUAUCAACAGCUAAAAACCAUGGAAGCAGAGACUUAUAAGGACUUUAUGAAGAUCAGCCCAGAUGCUCCAGUGCAGACAAUCCCCAGUCUGUGUCCUCUAUGUGAGAAGACAGGAGAGACCAGGCUCUUAACUACCAAGGUUCCCUUCUUUAAAAGUAUCAUCCUAUCUUCCUUCUCAUGUGAUGAAUGAGGGAACACCAACAACGAUGUGACUUUUGGUGGAGAAAUCGCUGAAAAAGGAGUUGAAAUAGACGUCAAUAUCUACUCUAAAGAAACUCUCAACAGGUUUGUUGUCAAAUCUGAGUGGGCAAUCAUCACUAUUCCAGAAAUUGAACUAGAAAUUCCAAAGACUACUCAGAAGGGAUCUAUCAAGACCAUCGAGGGAUACCUUAGGGCUACAGCAGAUCACUUAAAGCUCAACCAAGAAGAGAGAAGAAUCACUGACCCUGACAGUGCUAUGAAAAUUGAUGAAUUCAUCGAAAAAUUAGAAGAGAUGUGUUUGGGAAUGCAUAUGCCUUGGCACUUCAAGAUCGAUGAUCCAUCAGGAAACAGCUUUGUCCAGAACCCUCAUGCCCCUGCCAAUGACGUCUAUUGCAAGAUCAAGCACUACGAGCGAUCUAGCAAAGAACUGGUCGAGAUGGGCUUCAUGGACCCUGAAAAACUCACUGAAGAAGAAAAGAAAGAUGUCAAGAAAGAACAUGAGGAAGAAAUCCCAGCAGACCACAAAGAGACCAAGAAGCCUGACUUAUCCCCAGAAGAAGUUGAAACCAUGAUGAAAAAGGCCAGAGAAGUUGAUGUCAAGAAAGAUGAGAGGAAGUACGAUAAUGAAGAGCACAAAGAAAUCGUUGAUAAUGAAGUCUUCAGAAUUCCCAUGCCUUGAUACCAAUGUGGGGAGCAAGGCUUGCAAAAGAGUUGUCUCUCCUAUAUCCCUAACUUUAAGGAGAUCAUCAUCCUAGCCUUCAACUGUGAUGCUUGAGGAUUUAGAUCCGUGGAGGUCAAGCAAGGAGGUGCUGUCUCUGAAAAGGGCAAAAGAAUCACUCUUAAGGUCAAAAAUGAGAGAGAUCUUGCCAGAGACUUGUUCAAAGGUGAUGACUCUGAAGUCAAAAUCCCUGAGCUAGAUCUCUCUCUAGCUGCUGGUACUCUCGGAGGUAUCUACACUACUGUUGAGGGGCUUAUCACCAAGAUCCAUGACAAACUCGAGGAAGUUAACCCAUUUGCUGCAGGUGAUAGCUCUUUGGACGAAAAGUUUAGAAAAUUCUUGAAGAAUCUUGACAGCCUUAAAGAAGGAAACAUUGAGUUUACUUUGAUUAUUGAUGACCCACUCGGUAACUGCUUUGUCUACAGCGAUAUGCAUCCAGAGAAAGAUCCUCAAAUUAUCGAAGAAGACUAUGAGAGAGACUUCGAACAAAAUGAAAUGUUGGGUUUGAACGACAUUAAUGUAGAUAAUUAUGAGUAA